UUGUGAAAGCUACUAAUAGGCAUCUCAUCAAAGGUCUAGGAACUGAGCUUUGUGCUGGAGGUAUUGUCAGCCUCCAAUAUGCUGAUGACACUAUCUUAUUUGUUGACGGUGAUCCAUCAAUGGCUACUAAUCUCAAAUGGGUGUUGACUUGUUUUGAACAAGCCUAUGGGAUGAAAACCAAUUACCUGAAAAGUGAAAUGAUUCAUAUGAACCUUGAUGAGGGUGAGAUAGAUUCCUUUCCAUCCAUCAUAUAGCUACAAGCCCGGGCAUCAAGACAAUUACUUUCCAUCCAUCCACCAUGAUUUCAUGGGCGUCGUCUCUGCCUCGGAAGCUCGUGGUGGCGGCCUCUCUUCUUGCGCUGCCCGUGGCCAUCGCGGCGUCGCCUGCGCCGGCGAACCAGAGUAGCUGCUACAAGCGUCUAUUCAGCUUCGGUGACUCUCUGAUCGACACCGGCAACUACAUCGUCCACUUCUCCGCCACGCCGGGUCCGGUCGUGGAGUUGCCAUACGGCGAGACCUUCUUCGGCCGGCCCACCGGCCACUGGUCCGACGGCCGCCUCAUCGUAGACUUCAUCGUGGAGAGGCUGGGGUUCCCGUACUGGCCAGCGUACCUGCAGGCGGCGGCCGGGAAGUCGCUGGCGGAGGAGUUCCGGUACGGCGUGAAUUUUGCGGUGGGCUCCGCCACGGCGUUGAGCCAGGAUUUCUUGAGGAAGAAGCACCUCCGCGUUGACCUGAUCCCUCCCUACUCCCUCGACGUCCAGAUCGGGUUGUUCAAGAAAGUUCUCGCCGUGCUCGGCUCCACGGACCAAGAGAGGAAGGCUGUGAUGGCGAGGUCGCUAUUCCUGGUAGGGGAGAUCGGCGCCAACGACUACAACCACCCUUUGCUCCAGAACAAGACGCUCGAAUGGGUCAGGCCCCUCGUGCCCCGUGUCAUCACGUCCAUCGCUCUGUUACUUUCACUGUCCAUCGAGGCUCUCAUCGAGCUGGGCGCCAAGAUCAUGUACGUGCCAGGCAUCUUCCCCAUCGGGUGCACCCCGCGAUACCUCCUCUUUCCCAACGUCGACCGUGACCCUGCCACGGGCUGCCUCUGGUGGCUCAACAGUCUCACCCUCGUCCACAACCGCAUGCUGAAAUCCAAGCUCGACGAGCUCCGCCACCACCACCCCGGCGUUUCCAUCACCUACGUCGACUACUAUGGCGUGGUGCUCAGCCUUGUCACUAAGCCAGCGGAGAAUGGUUUCGGCGUCGAGACGGUGCUUGACGCGUGCUACCCCGUCUUGAUCCCCGGUCGCACGGGACCGGUGGAGUGCUCGGACCCGUCGAGGUGCGUCUCGUGGGAUGGGCUGCACUUGACGGAGGCGACGUACAAGAUCAUGGCCCGUGGGAUGCUUGACGGUCCGUUUGCCGCGCCGGCCAUCAUGUCCACAUGCCAGCACAACUGA